GUUUGGUGUGGAAAUUGUCCAGUAGGCCACAUAAUGCUGGGGGAAACGAUUAAAAGGUUAUGCAAAGACGCUGGAAUUGAAGGUCCAUUCACAAACCAUAGCCUUCGUGCGACAACAGCCUGCACCGGGGGACCGCAGAAAGGAAUUUCAGAUAAAUUUGUAAUGGAGCGUACAAAGCUUAGAGAUUUUAGGUCGUUGCAAAAAUAUCAACGCUCAGAUACUUCAAGUAAGAUUGAGAUUUCAAAGAAGUUCGACUGCUGUGAAGCCAUGUCACUACGCGAGUCAGUUACUUCUGAAAAGGUGUCAAUAAAACGUGAGGUCGAGGUGGAUAAGGAAGAAGUGAAAGGCUGUUCAAGAUUUCUGAAGGGACGUAAUGAAGCCGGAACGUCUGCUACUUUUAAUAAUUGUACUUUCAUAGUCUCAAAAGAC